AUGUUGCCUGUGUCGAUGUUUCAGGAUGGAUGCACAGAACGUUUCAAUAUCACACAAUCAAUCGACAAUGCAUACAGAACCCCCAACAACGACACGCAUCACGCCUUUCAGAGUACGCCAGCGAGCGUGGCAAGCAGGACAGCCAUGAGGAUUCGGGCGUACGAUGCCAUGAGCAACGCUUGUGCUGAGGAGUGGGUUGUGUAUGGUCAGUGGGGCUCGGCGUGCGUCGGCACUAAUCUCAGUGAAGGUCUGAAGAUAGAUGGAGUAUGGGCAUGGGUGAAUGGGUCGGAUCCUGUGCAGGUUGCCUCGCGGCAGCAAUUUAGGCCGGACAGUCCAAUGAAGAUGGAUGCGGCUCACAGAUAUGCUGAUCACAACGAGUUGCUCUACUCAAUGCGGUCCGCCGUGGCAUCUCUGGGAAGCAAUGUCAUGUCGCGGAUGCAUAUACUGGCCAGUGCUUACUGGGUUCAGAAUCAGAGUCAUGGUGAUAUGGCAGGGCAGGUACCUGCCUGGUUGGACAAAGACCAGGCGCUGAUGGGCACUGGCGAUGUUACUCUCCAGCACGACGCAAAAUACUUCAAGCCUGUCGACAAUCCACAAUCCGAAUGGACCUCCGUCGAAGCGCAACAAUGGUGGGACGCCAGCAUUCCGAGUUUCAACUCUCUGGCCUUUGAAUCGCAGAUCCACAAUAUCGAGAACACGUCUUGCGAUCAACUCGUGUACUACAACGACGACUUCUUCACGAUGGGCAGACUCGCCGUGUCUGAUCUCACAACGCCCCUGUAUGGCCCUGUCAUCAAGACCAUCACAAAGCUCACGAGCCUGUAUCGACCUGCGGAGAACACUCUCUGGCGUACUUGGAAUCCGUCAGGCGAAGAGCCUGGCAUUAUGCGGGCAGCCUGGGUAUUAGGACGGCGGUUCGGAAUGCGGUCCCACUAUUACAUUACGCAUCAUCCCAGAACGCUGUGGCUCCCACUGCUUCGUGAGGCCGCCCAAACCUUUCCGAGUGCUUUUUCCAACACGGCCUUGUCACGUUUCCGAGCGCAGAGCGAUGCUCCCCCGUCGAUUCAGACUGUCUUUUUGGCCUCCUGGUAUGUGGUGGAACGGCAUCGUGAAGCAUUGCUAUGGUCGUGGGUCGUUGCUAAAUGGGGUGGACGAUAUGGAGUUCUCGAUCAUGACACGAAGCAACGCAUGUGGCAGGAGCUCGCUGAUGGAAAGUCACCCACGAGCUCAUAUCUUAACAUCGAUGUCCCGGUGCGAGUACCAGUCGAGAACGUUCGCGCUUUCGAAAACGCGGGCAUUGAUAUCCCCAUCUCGACAGAGUACUCUUUCUCAAGCAAGGAUGGUUACGCAUUAGCUUACGUGGACUCCAUGUGGUUUUGGAACCGACCUAGGCACGGAUAUCCAGAUCUUACUCGGGGUUUGAUCGAUGUCAGCGGUAAAGGAACUGGCUCGGAUGAUGAUACCCGAUACUCCAAGAAUCCGAACUUCGUCCCUGACAGGGCUUGCACUAUCCGGUGGUCAGAGUGUUUCGCCUCAUCAAAGAACGACACUGCGAACGAGUUCUUCAAGUGGAUAGCGUUCGAGAAUCAAAGAUGUGGAGACUGCAUCAUCACUGGACUGAUUGGUGCGAGUGGGAUCUCCGGAAUCGAGAAAUUCGUGCCAGAGCACAACGAUGAUGUCGACUCGACUUGGUUCUCGGACACGCAAUCUGAGCCUCCUCAUCUCCCCCUCACAUCAGACUGGAGAACGACAGAUUUCUCGCUAUCACAAGCUGUGCCAAAGGAGCCAGGCAUGACUUUGAGGGCCUGGAGCAUUCGCCUGAUUCAGAGAUAUUCCUAUGUACUGGGCUCAGCAGCCAGUGAGAUGUACAAGGUGGAGAGGGCCAGUGACCUCGAAUCGAAGCUGGUCAAGCUAGAGGAUAGAGUUCAGAGGGAUACCAACGAGACGAAGCAUUAUCUGGAUGAGCUGUCUCUUAAGCAGCAGCGAAAUGUUGAUUCCCAGCCUGAGGUGUAUCAUCGGUGGAGGAACCAUUUAGGCGAAGGUCGGGGACCGCUAGCGUUUUUGUGUCUCAACGACGAUGUGAAGGAGAAGGGCGGCCUGCGGUAUGUGGUGGACCAGUUGUUGUUGGACUACUUUCGAAGGAUGUGGAGCAAUCGACUCGAAUGUGAGCGAGUUUCUUAG